UUGGCCUAAGACAUGAGUGAGAUGGUUGAAUGGGGCAGCGAGUGAGAUGGAGAACUUCUUGUACCUGGCGCAUUAGGUUCAGCUCACCUUGUUUGUAGUGGAUACCGUCAGUUUUGAGGUGGAUUUUAUUCGAACAGGUAGCAUAGAGUGGGAAACUCUUCUGCUGUGUUGUUUUUUUUUUUGGUGUAUUGCUCUCUAUUGUGUCUUCACAAUAUUCUUUCAAUUUUCUUAGUUCUUCAGCUUCUUCGAGCUCGACCAAAAGAAAAGAUUGAAAAGAAGGUGGUUCGGUGCUUUUUUUUUACUUAAAUGAUUUUGAACCAUUACAAAUGAGAAGAAAGGAACUUGUGCUGUGUUUCUGUAAUAUGAAUAAAAUUAGUGUCUGCCAUUUGAAAAAACCUACAGAUCGCAUUCAGUUGCUCUACAACAUAGAGUACCAUUUGCUCAAUGUUGGGUGCAGUUUCUCAGUAGUAAUGUGAUAUUGAUGAUGUAUGUGAAAACACUUGGAAACUAGAGAUAUUUUGCCAGCUUCUUUUGCAUCAACCGUCAAGUGCUUCAAACACGUUUUUAAAUUGUCGUUUAGGCAAGAGAAAAAAAAAGGCAAAUUAGGUGCAAAAAGGAGGACUCUUAAAGAUCAUUUGAACGUCCUAAAGUUCUUUUAUUUUCUUGGACAAUAGACAGUGUUUCGGGUGGUGAUCUUCAAAGACAAAUUGUGUACAAGAGUGGUCAGAUUUAGAGAGGAGUUGUCUGUUAAAAUCAUGGCCACACUCGGCCUCUCAAAGGUGUUCAUAUUGGACAAGUAUUUUACAGAAUUGCAGAAAUUCUGGGAAACGGAGAAGAAGCUUCAGGACGCAUCAUCGUCCAACGAGGCUGUACAUUUGCAGCAACGACUCAAGAGUCUCAGCACUGAACUCGUGACUCUGCGCAAUCGACUCCAUGUUGGUCAGACUGCGACCGCCCUGAACUCACCGGCUGCCACGGGAGCUGGAGGGUGUGUUGUGGGGGCCAACAGUGUCAACACUGCCACAACAACCACAGCACCAAAUGCUCACUUGAAUGGCUCAAGCAAGAUCCACGGAAUGUCAUCCGGGUGUUUGCCACAGGGAAAUAGCGGCAGUGUACCAAUAGUUUCACCAAGGAAUACCUCAAUACCACAUCCACUGCCUCACCAAAUGCCAGACAUUCCACAGAACACCUCACCAAGACGCGGACUUAUCGAUGCGCCGUCGCUCAAGAUGAACGGAUUGGGAGGCGGCGUAACAGGAAGUCCGGGAACGGCAGGAAUCUUGCCAGGACUCCAUUUGUCCACCAAUGCCAUCACACCUGCCAAGAAGCUCUCACCCAUCGAGAUGGAGGAUCUCAUUCACUUGCCCGGUCCCCUCACUGAGGAUGCCGUCAUGAAGACUCUCCAGGCGAGAUUCGGGGAGAACAAAUACUUUACAAAUGUGGGACCAAUUCUGUUGUCAGUUAAUCCCUACCAUGACAUCGGAAAUCCCCUGACACUCUCAUCAACGCGCUCCCUUCCUCUGGCACCACAGAUGAGCCGCGUUGUCCAGGAAGCUGUGCGUCAGCAAGCUGAAACGGGCUAUCCUCAGGCCAUCAUCCUCUCGGGAACAUCAGGUUCUGGCAAGACACACUGUUCGAUGCUCCUGCUGCGGCAGUUAUUUGCUGUGGCUGGAGGAGGACCAGAAACUGAUGCCUUCAAGCACCUGGCAGCAGCUUUUACAGUCCUCCGAUCCCUGGGAUCAGCCAAAACUGCCACAAAUUCCGAAUCCAGUCGAAUUGGACAGUUUAUUGAGGUGCAAGUGACUGAUGGAGCGCUCUACAGGACAAAGAUUCACUGCUACUUCCUGGAUCAGACUCGAGUGAUUCGACCCUUGGCCAAUGAGAAGAACUACCAUAUCUUCUACCAGAUGCUGGCGGGAUUGAGUCACGAUGAGCGUGUCCGACUGAAUCUGGAUGGGUAUACACCAACAAAUCUCUGCUACCUCCAAGCUGGGGAUACGUUGCAGGACGAAAAGGAGGAUGCCACGCGAUUUCAGGCAUGGAAAGCAUGUCUGGGCAUCUUGGGGAUUCCCUUCCUGGACGUGGUGCGCGUCUUGGCUGCGGUGCUUUUGCUGGGAAACGUGCAAUUUGUCGAUGGGCAGGGCCUGGAAGUUGAUGUGAAGGGAGAGGCUGAAUUGAAUGCCAUAGCGGGUUUGCUGGGAGUUCCAGCAGCCGCCCUAUUUCGUGGUCUCACCACGAGGACACACAAUGCCCGCGGGCAGUUGGUAAAGUCCGUUUGUGAUGCCAAUAUGUCCAACAUGACGCGAGAUUCCCUCGCAAAGGCUCUGUACUGCCGGACAGUGGCUACAAUUGUCCGGAGAGCGAAUAGUCUGAAGAGAUUGGGAUCUACUCUGGGUACAUUGAGUAGCGAUUCCAAUGAAUCUGUACACAAUCAGGCAGAUAUGGCGAGUCAGCAUGCCUCGACUGUUGGUGGGAAUUCCGGGAGUAAAUCCAUGGCAGCCCUGAAUAAUGCUGUUCGCCAUGCGACUGAUGGAUUCAUUGGGAUUCUCGAUAUGUUUGGAUUUGAGGAACCACGACCGGCUCAGUUGGAGCAUUUGUGCAUAAAUCUUUGUGCUGAGACCAUGCAACACUUCUACAAUACGCACAUCUUCAAGAGCAGCGUGGAAUCAUGCCGGGAUGAGGGUAUUGUCUGUGACACGGAAGUUGACUAUGUGGACAAUGUGCCGUGCAUUGAUCUGAUCUCGUCCCUGAGGACGGGAUUGCUGAGUAUGCUGGAUGCUGAUUGUGCAGUUAGGGGAACGGCUGAGGGGUAUGUGGCCAAGAUUCGGGUGCAGCACAGGAAUUCCACGAGGCUAGAGAGCAAAGCUUCAGAACCUCAUGAUCCCCGCACCUUUGCCAUUCGCCAUUUUGCCGGAAGGGUGGAGUACGAUGCCUCAGACUUCCUGGAUACCAAUCGGGAUGUCGUUCCGGAUGACCUAGUGGCUGUUUUCUACAAGCAUACCUGCAAUUUUGGCUUUGCCACACAUCUCUUCGGCUCAGAGCUCAAAGCUCUCUAUGCUGUGGACAAUGUUCCACGGGGACUGAGUUUCCGGAUUGCUCCAACUUCCCACACGGAUCUCCUGAAUGGAGAUGAACCCGUUUCGACGCUCACUCAGGACUUCCAUACGCGAUUGGAUAAUUUGCUAAGAACCCUGGUUCAUGCAAGACCUCACUUUGUUCGGUGCAUCCGGAGCAAUGCCACAGAAACGCCCGGAAGCUUCGAUCGAGGAACGGUUGUGCGUCAGAUUCGGGCUUUGCAGGUGCUGGAGACGGUGAACCUCAUGGCGAGUGGAUUUCCGCACAGGAUGCGUUUCAAGCAAUUCACAGCGAGAUACAGAAUGCUAGCUCCUUUCCGGCUCCUUCGGCGAUGCGAAGAGAAGGCUCUGGAGGACUGCAAACUCAUCCUGCAGCAUGCCCUGGAGAAUCCUCCUGAACUCGAUGGGAGUGUGACGCUAUCCUGGGCUCCAGGGAAGCGUCAUGUCUUCCUCAGUGAGGGUAUCCGGCAGCAUCUGGAAAAACUCCGUGCGGACAUUCGCACGAGAAGUGCUACCCUGAUACAGGCAGCCUGGCGGGGAUGGCAACUCAGACGGAGGAUUGGAACGGUCAAGAGGAAUCGAGAGCCACUUCUGGCUACAGCAAUCUUGUCAAAUGCCACGACAAAUGGAGCGAGAACUGCUGCAAAUAAUGCAGCCAAUGCAGGAACUUCCAGACCCAGGCCUCAACCAAUUGCAGGGACUCCACCUCCGGAUCCCAAUGAGAAGUGCGAUACCAAGAUAAUUCAGCAAACUUGCACACUCUUCGGAUUAGAUUUGGAGAGACCACCACCAGUUCCUCCGAGUCGUCCCUACACAGUCACGGGGAAUUCGAAACUCGGCUAUCCGCAGACACGUGUCAUGAAGAUGAAUUUCCCCGAGGACUCAGCUACCAAUCCGUCCAGUGAGCAGCUGAGGAAGGGUGAAGCAGUUACGGUUGUGGGUGCAUCUCAUCGUCGGGGCCAUUUGAUUGUUGAGCACAAUGGACAUAGUUUUCACGUGCCUUUUCAAUUUAUGGAACUCCUCAAGAAUGCCCCGCCACCCGUCAGCAUUUAACAAAGACCAUCGGACUGCUGGACAAAUAGAGCAUCUAUAAGACUGUACAUAGUAUACAUAGAAGGUAGGAUUUAUUUAACAAACAAAAACAAAAAAAGGACGAGAGCAUAAAGGCAAAAUGCGGGAGUGAUUUUUUUGUCAGAUGAGACGUUAAAAUCCAAAUUAAAAAGUAAGGUUAGCUCACUCGAGAAUUAUCGUAAAAUAACCCCUUAAAUGGAAAUUGAAUGUAUUUUGCCCUAAUUAGACAAAUUUAUGAUAGUUUGAAUCGUUGAACUUCUUUUCAGAAUUUCUGAAGAUAAUUUUCAUUGAAAGGUUAUGGAACAAAGUGAGGUUAUGUUCUCUAUGACAUAACCUAAAAAAAUAUAAGCACUAACUGAAUCAGAUUUUUACUAUUUCGGUCAGAAAUAGAUUUUCCAGAUUUUUCAGAUAUAGAAAUCCAGGACAAAUAGGGUUGAGUCAUCCCUUAUGGACGUUAUACACUUACGGACAGCGUAAAAAUCUUAAGUUCUAACCAAAAAAAGAUUUCGAAAAAUCAUAAUUAGUUAUGUGAUUAACAAUUUUGUGAUUUUUCGAAAUAUAUUUUUGAUAAGAAUUUAAGACUUUUGCAAACUCUCCAUAAAUGUAUAACGUCAAUGUAAUAUAUGACUCCACCCUACUUUAAGAUAUUUUGUCUUUCCAAGGGUUUAAGCUUGAAAUUUUUAUAACUCUAAGCAAUACUCCGGAAAUUAAUUCUUCAAAAUUAGCAAAAUGGUUUGGUAUUUUUUUACGAAUUUCUAUAAUUUGCUAGCUUUUUUUAUUAUUUAAUAAUUUCAGAGGUUAGCAAAUUUCGGAUUCUAACAUCAAAAAUUCUAAAAAAAAUACAUGUUCGGUUUUGUUUAAAAAUUAGACACAAAAAUUUGAUCGAGAUUUCAAUUUUUUCAUACGAAGAAUUUUUUUCUGUGAGAUUUUUUGAGGUUAGGAUUCAUAUAAUCUUGCAUUAAGGGCAAACUAAGCUCUAAUGUGCUCUAAGUAAAAUAAGGAAAGAAUGAAAGAAUGAAACAUCAUAUUUACCUUAUAAACGCGAAGAUCUACAGAAAAAGUCACCAUUGGAGUAAGAAUUUAAAGAGUUUGCCCUACUUGAAACACGAUUUUCUAGGUUAUAUUAGAUAAAAACCAUUUCUCACCAAUAGGGGAAUUUUGUAACAGUAUGGCAAUGCCACAUGACAAAUUUUAAGGAAGAAUUAAUUGCAAAUGAGAUCCAUAUAAGUUAUUGAGAACUUCAUAGAACUUCUUGAAGGCUAUUUUUGAUCCUCACUGAUCUUUAACGUUAUCCUGCUUCCAACCUGACUGCGAAAAUUUGUCAUAUGACAUUCUCAAAUUGUUACAGAAUUCCCUUACGAGGCUGUUGACUUUAAAAAAAAGCAGUAUCGCUGGGAAAACUUCCGCUAUAACAUAACCUUUAAAUGUUCUAACCUAGAAAGUUAGACUAGCCGCCAGUGGUUGUGAUCUUUACUUUUUGGGACAGAAUAUUCUUCCGGUGACCACUGAGAAUGACACGGUAAAUGUCGAAGAAAUACAGGAGUUUUUCGGAAGAAUAUUCUGUCCUGAAGAAGGAAAGAUAACCUAAAAGUUUUACGAUCGUUUUGUCAUAGAGGCAAGGUAGUUAAUUAAGCAAGGACAUUAUAGGAGAUAGAAAGGGUACAGACACUGAGAGAAAUCAGAUAAAGUUCAAAUAACAUUCCGGAAAUGUUAAUUUUACCCUGCAGUAUUGAUACAUCAGUGUAAAUAUUACACUUUUUAGGUGUAUUAGGGGUUAAAAUUACCCUUAUUCAUGUUAAUUUUGCCCUUAAAAUGGUGUAAAAUUAACAUUAAAAAAUCUUGAUAUAUUUUUACACCAAAAAAGUGUUAAAGUUAUGAGGAAAAAAAGUUAAUCGCACCCCUGUUUUUAUCUCAGUGAACUUACCAGAAUGCUAUGCAAAUUUCAGGUUAUGUUGAACUGCUUUGACAUUUAAUAAUACAUAACCAAAACUCGUCUUUUAUAAAGCUUCACGACAACAGUCAUUCUGAGAUAUAACCUAAAAAAAUAUCUUUUGGUUAUGUCACUUUGAGGCUAUCCCUUACAUAACCUUACUUUGAAACAUAACCUCUUAUCGCAAACAUUCAAUUUCCAAUGUAAGGAUAAUUUUGCACCACCAUGAGCUAACCUUUGUUUUUCAAUCAACGAAAAUGAAACAAUAAAAAGUGCGAGGAUUAUUUUGAAAAAUGAAAAAAAAAAGAAUAAAUUCUGGGCAGAAUGAGUAAAAGGAAAAAUAGCAAAGAAAAUACUCUGGAAAUCAUCAAUUUUGUUACCUGUUCAAUUUUCCCCCUGAGAGUGGAAUUUGUAAUCUUAUUCAAUUAACUGCCACACAGAAUUGCAAUAUAUAUUCCCCCUCCCUCGACCCCCCUCCCCAUCCCGCCCCCCUUUUCCUCCUUGUAUAGCUGAGGUCUGUGUUUAUGUGCCAAGUUUUAAUUAGUUUCCACUAUAGUGGAGUAAAAUACACAACAAGUAUCUCACACCUGAAAGAAGAUACACACGUGAAGUUUGCAAAUUUAUAAGGGGAAUGGGCAGGAAAAAGAAAGUGUGGGUGGAUUGAUGUGUUAUACGGUUAUACUAGUGUUGUAAGUUACUUUAAGUGAAAAUGUACAAAUUAAGACGAUAAGAUUGCUUGCAUAGAAAACACUCUAAAAUGUAAAAGUGUAGGAGUGUAAAAGGCGCCAAAAUCACGUGGAGAAAUCCCUUGAAGAAGGAAAAGAAGAUGAAAAUGAAUGGGAAAACCUUGUGGGAUAAUGUUGAGAGAGAGAUAGACCCAAAAGGAAUGAUAAAUGCUUGUGUGGGUUGCUUUGAAAUUAAAUAUCAGAGUUGAUGGGGUAAAGGGUGGUCUUGACUCUAAACUAAUUCUCUAUUAAGUCAGGACAGUAUUUUCCUUAUCUAAAAGCUUUCCAACUCGGUGAACUGUCCCCUGGCUGUACCCUUUUAAACAUGUCAGAAAAAUAGGACUCAAGGGGCACUUAUCUAGCAAAACUUCCGAAAAAGAUUUUCGAAAUUGAGUUCGAUUUUUCGAAAUCUGAAUUUUUUCCGUACAGAAGUAGAUCUUGAAAAAAUCGAAAAUCUAUUUGAAGAUCCAAAAAAGAAACUUUCUUACUUUGUGAUAAUUCCGCAAGGUGGCUGAGAUAGAUCCUGUUCGAAUUUCGAAGUGCUCAAGUGUCAAAAUGUGACGGUUUUCACAUUGUUGUGAGGAAUAAAAUAGAACAACGACGCUUACUGUUCUUGUCCCAUUACUUAAUAAAAAAUAAUUGAUAAAUUUUCCCCACCUUGUUCGAAAAUUUAGUAUGAAAAUUCGAAAUUGAAUUUGAAUUCUUCGAACAUCAACGACUUUUUGUGCAAAUAGAGUUCCAUUUACCUUUCAUCCAAGACACUAUUGGAGAAUCAAAAUCUACUUGUGAUCGGGCUCACUUCAUACAAAAAAGGAAAUCAAGUUUAAUAAAUUGAAAUAAUUUUUCGUGAUACAUUCGACAAUUUUCGAAUUAAAAAAAAUUUCUUAUUACAUAACAUCAUAUUUUUCUUGAACAAAAAUUAUAAUUAUUUUAAUUAUAACAGAAGAGAAACAGUGGCUCUGUUCAAUAUAAUAGUCUUUCGAAGAGACAAAGCCACUCCAAAGCCAAGUCAAACCUAUUCGAAAAUAUACCGGAACCCUAAAGUACAAGUUCGUGUACUCGCCGCUUUAGCGCUGAUUGUUCUGCCAUUUCGAAUUUCGGUAUUCUUAACACUUCAAUCGCCAAAAAUAUCAACAACAGUGCGUAAGCAAAAAGUUAAUUUUUGUGUAGAUUUGUGGAAUUUCAGAACGGCAGAACGUUUGAAUUGCAAUUUCAUUAAAUGAAAUGUUCCUUUCACGAACUUGCUCAGUUUUGUGUAACUUGCCGGUUUAAACAUUCGACCUUCCAACGGUUUUUUUUUGGUAACUUCUCUCGGAUACACUUUCGAUUCGGUAAGGAAAUAACCACAACCGAAGGGAACGGAUACACACACAAGUAGGGUUUGAAUCUUCAACUAAAAGGUAAUCCGAACUCAGUUUGCAAAACAGUCUUUGAUGUUCGAAGAAUUCAAACUCGGUUUCGAAUUUCCGCACUAAAUUUUCGCACAAAAAAAAUUUACGAAGUAAAUUCAGUGAUUAUGAA